AUGCCACUUGAACGCAAUAGCAAACGUAUUCAUACACAUAGACACACCUUCGCACCACAGUUCUACGAGCGAGUGGAGAAGGAUGCAGUGGACGCCUACCCUGACCUGGAGUUCGACGACGAGUACCUCAAGGACGAACGUCGCAACGUGGACAAUCCGUUCUAUACGUAUGACAUAACCGACAAAGGGCACCCAGGAAACCCCAACAUCUACACUUACACCGUCUACAACAAGGCUAAUAAGCCAGAAGACACCGUCGGCAAGCCGCCAGGCAAGGCGGGUGGCUACCCCGAUUGGCAGGGCUUGUCUCCCAAUUCGCCAG